AUGGAAGUAAAGCGCUCUCGUCCUCCUGAGAGCCCAGCUUGGAGACUGUGUCUCCCCACCACCCACACACUCUUCUGGGUGUGUUUCUAUCCCUUCAAAAAGCCCUUCAGCUCAUCAGCUCCUGAUUUGUCUCAGCUGUGUGGGACCAUUGGCCACAGAGGUAGCCAGCGAUCCUUCAGAGGCCAACUAGGCAGUUGCGGCCAUCUUGAAUGGCCAUUCCUUCUGGUUCAGAUCCUCUCUGACAUUCACACUGUUUCUGCUCCCUUCUGUUUCCUGCAGAUUUUCUGUGUGUAUACUUAUGGCAGCGUAGAGUUUAGUAACUUAGCCAUCAUUUCUUAUGACAGAUAUCUUGCUAUCUGUUAUCCUCUGCAGUAUAACACUCAUAUGACAUCUAACAAGGUGGUUAUCUUAAUUACUGUGAUAUGGUUGUACUCUUUUGUGAAAUUCUUAAUUACUUUAUCCUUAAACAUCCAUUUGACUCUCUGUGGAAACACUAUCAACAGUUUGUAUUGUCAUAACUACCUUGUUGCUAAAUUGGCCUGUUCUAACGUCAAAGUUAAUAACAUUUAUGGUCUUUUUUCUAUUUCUUUCUCCAUUUUGGUCCCAUUGAUUUUAAUCCUUUUCUCUUACAUGAAAAUUCUUAAUAUUUGUUUUUCUGGUUCCAAACAGACCAGACAGAAAGCUGUCAGUACCUGCACACCUCACUUCACUUCACUCCUAAACUUUUCUUUUGGCUGCUGCUUUGAAAUACUUCAGAGUAGAUUUGAUAUGACCAGUGUACCCAGUGUGUUUCGCAUAAUUCUUUCACUGUAUUUUCUCAUCAUACAGCCACUUAUGAAUCCUUUUAUGUAUGGAUUGCAAAUGUCCAAAAUACGUAAUACAUGUAAACAUGUCCUCUUGUAUAAGUUCUUUGCCUAUCGCAGAGAUACUAAGUAG